AGGCACAGAAUUACACAACUCAGAUUAACUACCUAGGGAUCCGUUCGUAAUGUGUUUUGAUCGCGUUGGCAAUAAGAUAACAGCAGUGGUCCUAGAAUUUAUUUGAAUAAGUUAUUAUACUGUGCAUGGAGUUGAAGUUCAACAUGUAUUCUUAGAUGAGGAUCAUGAUGUCUGUGGACUGAGUGGAAGUGGGCCAAAGGAUGAAUUACUAGUAAAGACAGAUAUUAGCUAGAGAGAUUAUUGUCCGUCCAAUAUAUCAUUCGUUUUCUGCCCUCUAUGAACCAUGGAGAUCCAAGAUAGUUGUUCCAUGACUCCUCCCUUGUCACCCAUGGGAUUUAACCUGGUGGAGGAUGAGCUGCCAGGUGUUAUCCCAGGACAUGACCCACAGGAUCCUGAUCCCGUUUCUGAUCGUGCAGUGGUGUUUUUGUGUAAUGGAGAAGACAGACUUGGUAUGUGUGAGAACUUUCACCCAGCUGGACCGCUCCUGUCUGGAUCAAUUCACAGCCUGGUGAGUAACGAGGAGCUGACCACCCCAGGUAUCCUGCUGGGCUCUAACACCUGUGUACUGUUUGGGAAUUAUUUCACUCCGCAGACGGCCCUCACAGAGCACCUCCACAGUCUUUUCCAGUUUGCCAAACUUUGGAUCAGCAAGAUUGAGCUAUUUCCUGGAGCAUCCUUGACAAAGGAUGAGAGUGAAGUUUUCCUGACGGCAAGAAGAGAGCUGAAGGAAUUUCUUGAUUAUGUAAUCUUAUUUAUCACAAAAUAUAUGAGCUCUGAACAGCAGCCAUACCUUUGUCAUGAGAUCAGUGUUCAACUGCAGGCUUUACUGCAGUACCUGGGCAGGCUCUCUGAACAUAGAACCUUUACCGGAGGUGUAUCACGAGGGUCGAAGAAUCCGACAAAGGCCUCUCAUCAUUUCCACAUGCAUAUGGACAUGUACUGGGGUGUUCUACAAAUCAUGAUGAAACUGGAUCAGAUUUGUGCAGGAAACUCUCCCCAGGUAACAAUAUGCUGUAACAAGAAUGACAGCAGUGUAACGGAGAGCUUGACCUCACAGCUCACUCAGCUUAUUCUAUGGGACUUGGUCACUAUUUGUGCUGACCGCUAUAACAAGCUGUCACCCAGUGACCGUCUCCGCCUGUCUGCCUUCCCCUGUUCCUGUGUGAGAGAGUUUCUGGUCAUCCUCAUUCACCUGUUGUCAUGGAGACAGAAAUCAGGACAUGGACAGGAUUUCUGGUUUGAUUUCCACAGUACUGCUCAAGGUUUGCUGACUUGUACAAGAGAUGAUGGGUCAGUUGACAGUAUGGAUACAGAUUCCAGUGUGUUUUACAAUCCGCCUGAAAUCAGCGUAGACAAGCCUGCACCUCUCUGCCUGUGGCUGAUGGCUCAGAUUGCUCCACUUUUUGCCUACGAUGACAGAGGACAAUAUAAUGCGAUCUCAGCUGUUCAAAGCAAUUACCCGCUAGCACAGACUCUCAUCAAGGCCUGCAUCACAUCUCCUAAUGUUGAUGAGUCACAACUGCAGCACUAUCUCAGAUAUUGUGUCAAACUGUCACACUUGUGGGAACCCAAUGUUACCAUGGUGAUGACAUUGUGGGACUAUUUUUCUGGAAAGCUGAACAGUAACUUCCAAGUGGCUUCAAUGGGUAUACAUGGACUUGCAUCUAUAAGGAAAACGGCCGUCUCCUUCCUCACUGAUUGCAAAAGUCUAACACAAAGGGAUGUUGUUUUACGACGUCUUGAGCAAGAGGACAGCUUUAGUUUGUUCCUACACAUCUUGUCUGAUCAUCUACACCGCUUCCUGGAGCGUGGCUCCUCACAGGAGUGGAGACAGCUCAAGGGCAGGAUAUUUUCUAAAUUCCACACCCGACGUAUGCAGGAGUUGGGAGAGACGGGGCUGAACAACCUAACCAAACUAUUCGUCACCUUGAUGCUGGUGGUGAAGCCUGACCUAGACACUAUGGUAAACAAGCUUUGUGCCUUUUAUGAACUGUUGGAUUUCUCAAUGCUGGACACAAAAAGGAAGAGGGCUGUAUGGAAAGGAAUGUUUUCAUUAGUUAUUAUUCAUCUGGAGAAAAAACAAGACCUCUCGUUCUUGGCUGAGAGAAUGUCAACAUCUUUCAACGCUUGCUGCAGUGAGUUCUGCCAGCCCAACCUGGACAGUAUGCAGAAGCAGAAGGUGUGGGAACUCUUGUCCUUCUACCUGGAGAACCUGAGCGAUGUGCUGGACCAGAGCUCUCAUCUUAACCUCUCACAACACAAACUCAUAGGUCAGGGUCUAUCUCAGAUUUUACCUGUGUGCGGUGAGAAUGAGCUCCGUCAUGUCUUGUCUACCUGUCUGAAUAUUUUGGCAAAUGUAAGAAAUUUCUGCUCUUCACAAAACCAGGAUGUGUCUGUUGUUGAUGGAGCAAGAGCCUGGAUUGACAUCCUGUGGCAGAGCGUGUACCCAUUCUGUAAGAAUCAUGCGACCACACAUACCCCACCCCCAGAGCUAGCUGACCUCAUCGCAUGUCUCUGUAUGUCCACGGCACAAAUUGGAGAAGACAACCAGUCUGUGUGCAGCAUUUUUCAGUAUUUUGCACUCAAUGAAGAUGUGAAUGUGAGAUGUUCGUGUAGAUUCCUGAACCAUGUCCUACAGAACACACCUGUGGUGGAUGCUCUGUCACAAAGUUUACCUGACUAUCAGACCUGUCUGAUACAAACCUGGCUCAGGUGUGCUCUACUCUCUCCCUCCUCAUCACAGGAUUGUCUCAAUAUAAACAGAAUCAUGUGUCAGAUGUCUGAUGUAAAGGCUGUGUUUGAGAAAGCAGAGAUGGAACUGCCAGCUGUGGUAGAGACCUCACUACUCCAGUUUGUCAAAGCUAUGGGAAGAUGUUACAACAAAGCAGAGAGUUUAAUGAACAAGAUUGCAUACAGGACUAAGGCAUGCUUGUAUUGCCGAGAUGUGAUUCGCUAUGUGACCCCUAUACUUAGGAAUUAUGGGCCUGCAGAGAGCUUGUCCUGUGUGUAUAACAUGACGGGUCAUCUAGUGAAAUACUGUGCUCCUCUCCUCUAUGUCAAGUCUCAGCCUGACUGUCCACUUCCGGCCAUUAUUGACCGCCUGGUAUUACCUCACAGUCUGUUUGACCACAGGAAGACUGUCCACCCUAACCUGCUGACAACUCUCAGGGAACAUCUCCAUUUGUUCGUGCAAGGCCUGGCGCAGCUAGACUACAGAAGAGAUCCGUACAUACAGAGGAGGGUCAAGGACAUUCUGGUACAGUUCCUUCAGAGGUUUCCCGUGGCUUGCCUUGGAAAAGCUUUGUCCAAAACACCCACAGAAGAAAGUUCAAAGUUCAGACAGUUCAUCUUGUCCUUGGUUGUAGAGAACUUUCUGAAGGUGACCUCUAUGACCCUGCCACCCAAUGCUGUCAUGGGUCUUUCCUAUAUCACAGAAGUUUUCAAGAGGACAAUGUCUGUGGAUGAGAUCACAAGAGACACUGUGAGCCUGCUAGAGGUGCUACUGGAGAUUAGUCUAGUUGCAGACAACUCACCACUCAGAGAUCAUGUCAAUGCCUUACUACAGGUCCUGUUUGAGGCUUGUGCUAAGAGGAGUGAUACACAACUAACUUUGUCAUUGGUGGGUCCUCUCCAGAGGUUUGCGGAGAAGUAUGUGAGGCUGAACGCACCAGGUGUCCUGGGAGGGUCACUGGAGAGGGUGGCUGUACUGUAUCCUGAUCUCCUUAUACAGCUCCUGCCCUCACUUACUGACACUCUGCUGGCCAUAGAGAGGAAGAGGGGGGUGGGCAGAGACAAACAACUCAGGUCAUCCUAUGUAAAACUGUUGAAAAUCCUGGGAGAGAGGGGAAUGGAAGAGAUGCAGAAAAUGGAAAUGUCGAAUGCUGACUGAGAAGAUUGGGCACAGAAAACUAUUGUUGAAAAAUCUGAGAAAAUAAGACUGCGAUAAAAUGUUGUUGCAGGUCAGCAUGUGGAAGUCGGAAUACAACAAACUACAUCAUAUCAAAUAGAGCUAUUUGUUGAACAACAGUAUUCCUGCUGGCUAAUUUUAAACCAUCAAGUAAAACUCUCAUCUUUGCAAAGUUAUCAGAGAAAUGCC